AUGGCGAACGCAACACAAGGACUAUUCAAGCUCCCAAAUGAGCUUCUUCUCGAGCUGGCUGCAUUGCUCGGCCCUGCCUACCUCCGGCGCCUCAGUCAAGUCAACCACCGCCUUCUCGACUUCGCCCUCGACUAUUCUCGAACAUACGUCAGCAGACUCGCCGCUCUACCAGAUGAUGUCGUGCUGAGAAUCGUCGCGUAUCUGGAUAAUGUUGGGUAUCUGGGAUAUAUGGCAAACAUAUAUCUAAGCCGACUCGCACAAGCAAGCCAUCGGUUCUAUCCUCUUGUUAUGGACGCAAUCCUGCGCGAGGAGGGAUGA